AUGACCCGACGAAUAACCCGCACACUCGGCCAGCUCGCCGCAUUCCUAGUGCUCAUCUUCUUCCUCCUCUUCAUCGCCGACUCCCGGUAUCGAGUGCUGCCCAACAGCCUGCACUCGCACUUCCCCUCGCACCACGCCGGCACCGUCAUCACCGACAUCUCCAUCGCAUUCUGCUCCUCCGCCAACCCUUUCUCGUCAUGCCGUUUGGACGCCGAUGAGUGGCAUCGCGUGGAGAAGGACUUGUACCUGCACAAUGGCUGGCUCUCGAGCGCCUGGCUGCACGUCAAGCGCAAGAAGGAGGGCGAGUUGAAGGCGGAAGACCAGGUGGUGGUCGACAUACGAAUUGCGAGAUUAGACCCGGGCACAUCUGAGAAGGAACAGGAGAAGGAGAGGUGGGAGAGCAGACCCGGCGGCGUCUGGAUCUUGCGCAGCAGCAAGCGACACGACAGCGAGUCGGAGCGCGUAGUCACAGCAGUCGACGUCCUCUUCGGCGCCGACGCCGUCGACCCUCGCACCGGCUGGCAGCUCUCCUCCACCCCUCUCCUCGUCGACAGCGGUGACCUCCCCGCCCGCCUCUCCGUCCGCCACGGCCAGCCGCACCUCCCCAAAGAAGUCGUCCCCCGCGUCCGCAAGGACGGCCGCUUCAAGAUCCUCCAAGUCUCCGACGCCCACCUCUCCACCGGCACAGGAAUCUGCCGCGACGCCAUCGGCCCCGACAACAAACCCAGCCCCAACUGCGAAGCCGACGUCCGCACCCUCGACUUCCUCGAAACACUCCUGGACGACGAGAAACCCGACCUCGUCAUCCUCUCCGGCGACCAAGUCGAAGGCCCCUCCGCCCCGGACACCCAGUCCGCGCUGUUCAAACUCGUCGCCCCGCUGAUCGAGCGCAACAUCCCCUACGCCAGCAUCUUCGGCAACCACGACGACGAAGGCGCGCGCUCCCUCUCACGAACCCAACAAAUGGCCCUCCUGCAAACCCUCCCCGGCAACCUCGCCCACCCCGGCCCCGCCGAAGUCGACGGCGUAGGGAACUACUACCUCGAGAUCCAAGCCGAGAAAUCCCAACAUUCCGCCCUCACCAUCUACCUGCUCGACUCGCACUCCCUGACCCCAGACGAGAAGAACUACCGCGGCUACGACUGGAUCAAACCCUCGCAAAUCUCGUGGUUCAAAACCACUGCUGAAGGAUUAAAGAAAGAACACGCCAAGUACUCGCACAUCCACAUGGACAUGGCCUUUAUCCACAUUCCCUUGCCCGAAUUCGCCGACCGCGAGAACAAUAAAGUCGUCGGCGGGGAAUGGCGGGAGAGCGUCACCGCUCCGGCGUAUAACUCGCACUUCUACGACGCGCUAGCGGACCACCGCAUCGUCGCCGUCGGCGCGGGACACGAUCACGUGAACGAUUAUUGCGCGAUUAACCCUCAUCCUUCCCCCGCUCAAUCGAACGCGGAGCAUAGCGAACACCAUCACACGUCGGGUUUGGGGCCCUGGAUGUGCUAUGCCGGCGGCUCGGGCUUCGGGGGCUACGCGGGUUACGGGGGUUUUCAUCGACGGAUGCGGGUUUGGGAGGUCGAUGCGCAGGCGGGGCGGUUGAGUACGUGGACGCGGGUGGAAUGUUGUAGUGCGGAGGAGAGGGGGGAGAGGAAGGGGGAGGUGGUGCUUGUGGAGGGGGGUGGAAUUGUUGCGCCGAGCUGA